CGACAGAUAAGUGCUAUAGGUCACAGCAUUGCUGAUUCUACACUCGCCAUGCUGAGGGUGUUAGUGUUGCUGGUGACAGUAUUGGGAGUGGUCGUGGCCCAGGAGUAUCAGUUCUGCACUAUCCCCCAAUGGGAGGGCUACCAGAGCACCUAUGGGGGGAAUUUUCCGGGAGGGGCAGGUUACUUUAGACGAGCUGCUAACAAGGAUUGCCUACGACCAGAACAACACCAGACUGGCUCUCUCCACCAGCGGCACGACAGGCGGCGUCUACCACAAGGUGGACUUCAUCUACAACUACACCGAGCGGAUCCUGUACACUAUAGAGGGAGGUAACUGUAUAAAGACUCCGCUGACACAGCCGUUCGAGAGACUAUGCACUCCAAAGGAUGCCGUGAUGACGUGGGGCAAGACGUGGCUGGGAGGGGCGGGGCCCAACGACGAGCUGUGGAUCCUUGGCUUCACCGGACAGCUGAACAACAUCAGCUACCACAUGUCUUUCAGCCAGUUCCCCAUCAUUCCGGUGUUUGAGACGCUCAUUGGGGACAUCAAUGGAGAUCCGAUGUAUCAGAACUCCAACUUCAUGAACGUCACUGUUGGCAUCCAGGACCCGGCAGUGUUCACCCCGCCGCCGUUGUGCAAGGCCGUAGACGUCAAGCCACCCGACAGCUCCACCCGACGUUCUCAUGGUAUCCUGAAAAUCUAGGACUCGCUCGUAGGAUUUACCAUUUAGAAAUAAAGAAUAUUGGUAUUAA